AGAAAUAUGAACACUCUCUUUAAUGGAAUGACUCUUCGUAAUGCAGAUAAACCCCGAUCCACUUUGAAAACCGAACAGCCUUUCAGUUUUCCGAAAUUCUCUGCACCGUCCGGGCGUUACUUAAAGCUCGUCUUUUAGCAUGUGAUAAGUUACAAAGUUUUACAACAAAUAGGCUUAAAUACUAAACAAAUCUAUCAUUUAGAGAUUUGAUUUUUAGAGAAAUUCGAAAAAUAGCAAAAGGCCAAAGAGGAAUCAUUGGCAAGCCUCAAAAAUUCGGUGAAUACUCCAUACUAUUGUUAAAAUAUAACUUAGAGAGAAAAAUUGUACGAGCAAGAAUCGAAUUUUAAUUAAAACGGCGGAGUUUAGAUUUGCAAAGCGAUGGAUCUAGUUAUGAUGGACUGUUGCCUCUCAGAUGACGCUGCGGAGGCAAGGCGCAUUAGUAACGAAAUCGAUAAGUUUUUGCGCAGGGACAAAAAGAGAGCGCGACAAGAGAUGAAACUAUUGGUCCUGGGUACUGGCGAGUCCGGCAAGUCAACAUUCAUUAAACAGAUGCGUAUUAUUCAUGGCAAAGGCUACACGGACGAGGACAAGCGUGGGUACAUUAAGCUGGUUUUCCAGAACAUAUUCAUGGCUAUGCAGACAAUGAUCGACGCGAUGAAAGCUCUGAAGAUUCCAUAUAGUCAAAAGGAACAUAGCAAACUGGCCGAUCUGGUGAAGACAAUUGAUUACAACACCGUCACUGAUUUGAAGGAUCCAUACUUAAGUGCUAUCAAAACGCUUUGGCAGGAUGCAGGCAUUAAGGAGUGUUAUAAGCGUCGUAGGGAAUACCAGCUGACUGAUUCAACCGAAUACUUUUUAAGCGAAAUAAGUCGAAUUGAAAAGACUGAUUAUUUGGCCACCGAGCAGGACAUUCUUCGUGUUCGAGUGCCAACAACUCAGAUUAUUGAGUAUCCCUUCACGCUGGAUGGAUAUGUGAUAAGAAUGGUGGACGUAGCCGGACAACGAACUGAGAGAAGAAAGUGGAUCCACUGUUUUUCGAAUGUGACGUCGAUUAUGUUUUUAGUCGCACUAUCGGAAUUCGAUCAAACAUUGGCUGAAUGCAAAAGUGUUAAUCGAAUGGAGGAGUCUAGAGCUUUAUUUCGCACGAUAAUUUCUUUCCAAUGGUUUCACUCUUCCUCAAUAAUUCUUUUUCUGAACAAAGAUGAUGUGUUUAGAAAGAAAAUAAUGUCUACGAGUUUGUCAGACUAUUUUCCUGAGUACAAAGGACGAAAGAAAAAUGCAAGUGAAGCCAGAAAUUUUAUACUGCGAAUGUUUGUGAACGAAAAUCGCGACCCUGACCGAUUCAUCUAUUCCCAUUUUACCAUUGCUACAAAUACGGAAAAUAUUAGGUUUGUGUUCUCAGCUGUUAAGGACACAAUUCUAGAAACACAUCUUAAGGACACUAAUUUGCUGUGACACGGAUUUGAAUAUUCACAGAAUAUAAGAACUGCAAGAAAUUCCAGACACAUGUCUUGAUAAACAAAUCUCUAAAGUAUUUUAAAGA